GACAGAUAGAUAGGUAAAUAGAUAGAAAGAUGAACAGACUGAUACACAGGGUGUGUGUGUGUGUGUGUGUGUGGAUGAAUGGAGAGAGAGAGAGAGAGAGAGAGAGAGAGAGAGGAGGGGUUACAUUACAUGUCUCGUGAGGAGGGAAGGAAGGUGUGUGUGGGGGAGAGAGAGAGAGAGAGAGAGAGAGAGAAUCUUGUGUGGCUUCAUGUAAGAGAGAGAAGAUAGUUUCAAGUUACGUGACAUGGAAGAACCUGAGUGUGUGUCUGUGUGUCCAGGUAGACAGACUCACCUGCCAUCAGAAGUGAAGAAGUGACCAGUGUGUGUGUUUGUACCUCCAUUACCUUGUGUGUGUGUGUGUGUGUGUGUGUGUGUAUCAUUCAUAAACACACACAUAUCUAAUUAUCUCUUGUAUUUUAUGGAAUGUUUAUAAAUAAGAUUAUGGAACUGUGUAUAUUGAAAAGGAAAGUGAAAUGAGAUGAGCCACAAAGAGAGGAAAACUUGAUAAGCAAUAAAGGAGAGAGGGAAAAAAAAAUUGAUUUUGUUUGUGAAUAUUUAUUUUUUUGUGAAAGGAAGCUCAUACCACCACCACAACAACACACCACUCACCACACACACCACACAUCAUCACAACCACCACCACCACUCACUACCACCACACACACCACAACCACCACAUAUCACCACAACCACCACCACAACCACAUCACAACUACAUCACCACAACCACUAUAACACUAUACAUCAUUUUCCUAACACUAUAAACACCACUUCUUCACAAUAGCCUCUCUGCACUCACCACACAUCACCACUAUCACUUGCAUAUUUCUAGUACUAUCAUCACCAUAACUCACCACACAUCACCAUCACCAUCUUAAACUAAUAUAUCUAACACCACAACCAAAACACACACACACACACACACACACACACACACACACACACACACACACACACACCACCACCACCACCACCACCACCACCAUGGCCCUCAGCACCAUCGUUAAGUACAGUUAUGGUGUCGGCCACAUCUUCAAUGACCUCUGUGCCUCCAUGUGGUUCACCUAUCUGCUCGUUUACCUCCACUAUGUACUACAGCUUAGCCGCAGCACAUCAGGAUUCCUUCUGAUGGUGGGGCAGGUGGCUGAUGCAGUGGCAACACCUCUGAUUGGUCUGCAAAGUGACAGGGGGCAAGAGGUCUGUGGCUAUGGCAGGAGGAAGACUUGGCAUGCUAUUGGGACGAUGUGUGUGGUGGUUACCUUUCCCUUCAUCUUCGUGGAGUGUGCUGGGUGUGCUGACUCCCUCUACAGCAUCUACAUCUUCCUCCUGCUGCUGGCCAUCUGCCUCUUCCAGUUUGGGUGGGCGGCUGUGCAAGUGUCCCACAUGGCUCUCUCCCUCGACCUUGUGGACAGGGAGAGUGAGAGAGAGGAGCUCAACUUGAUUAGGUACAUCUUCUAUGUGUCAAGUGAGGUCACACUCUCCUUCGUGGCCUGGGUGACCUUCAUGACCAUGGGAAGACCCGGGGACACCUCUAUCAACCCUGGGGACUCCUACAGCUUUGAGGUUAUCACCAUUACCGUCAUUGGUGUUGGACUCAUAUUCUCCGGAGCCUUCCACGCACUCACCCCUGAGCCCCGUGCCCCCUCCACCCAUGACCCCUGGGGCAGACUGGGGCAUUAUGGGAGAGUGGCCAGCACCCCUCUCCCCCACUACACCACCACAGGGGACGAGGAGGCGCCCCCCUCUGCCCUACGACACCAGGGGCCACAGAGGGCGUGGCAGGAGUGGUUAAGAGAUGAGCAGUUCUAUGUGCUGUGUCUGCUCUACACAGCAUCGCGCCUCAUCAGUAACCUAGCAAGCAUCUACACUCCAAUAUAUGUUGCUGAGACGCUCCAUGACAGAAGACUGAUAGCCUUGGUGCCCCUAGUGAUGGCCCUGUCUGGGGUGGCUGCCUCCUUCCUCCUCAAGGUUCUCAGGAGAGUGGUGGGCAGGAAGGGCAGCCUAGUGGUGGGGGUGGUGGUGGGGGGAGCAGCCUGCACAGUGGCUGCCCUGCCUGGCCUACCCCCCUGGGUGGUGCUGAGCCUGGCGGUGCUAUGGGGGGUGGCAGGCGCCCUCAUGGUGGUGGUGACCCUGUCCAUGGCUGCCAGACUCAUUGGCAACUACACGGACUCCUCAGCCUUUGUCUAUGGAGGGAUGAGUUUUGCUGACAAGAUAACCAAUGGCUUUGCUGUGCUGCUCAUCCAGGAGUUAACAAGAGUCGGGUGUGAGGGGGACGACUGCUCUGAGUAUUAUCGUCUGGUGGUGAGUCUGGGGCUGAUGGUGCCUCUCUUCAUGGCAAUGCUGGCACUCUUCCUCCUCAACCAGGAGAGGGUCUGCAGCCUCCUCCAUGGCAGCUCUGGCCUUGUGGUGCAGGACUCAGGAGAACAUGAUGGGCUACUGUCGUCCAGCUCCUACUCCUCCAGUGAUGGCCUCCUGCUGGGCCCCGGCGUCACCCUGGGCUACGGCACACUCACCAAGGCGUGAGGUGCUGAGCUGCAAUGUCAUAGGGAGUCAGCGCCAUGCAGCAAGACCUUCACUAGAGCAGAACACCAGCAAUGCAAUACUGAGAUGCUUAAGAACAUUCUCUGCCUCUAUCACCUCUUCUGUUUAUAUUUGUCUAGUCUUCCCUUCAGUUGGUGUACACUCCUUGCCUCUGUCACUUCCUAUUUAUAGUGAUGUAGUCUUUCCUUCAGUCCCUUGCAUCUACCACCUGCCAUAUAUAGCAGUUCUCUAUCAGUGUUGAUAAAAGAAAUGAUCUAGACAUGGGCAGACAGAGGUAGUGUAUGCUGGGGUUAAUGAGUGUUGAGUAAUGAAACGCUGGCAAAGGUAACAAAGAAGAUAAAAGUCAAUCAGAAUAUAACGACUUUACCUGAAAAUAAGUAGGAUCAUUACACCUGUGGCUAAUCCACCAGACAACCAUGAACUCUGCACAGGUAAAAUUAAUUUAAGCAAGCAAACAAAACUGAGAAAAAAAAGAACAGGAAAACUAUCUAUAGCCUGAAAGAAAGCUGAGACUGGCUGAGAUGACUGGUGCCAGUUCCACACUCCCCAAUGAGCUGAGGCGUUGGACAGGUGGAGUGGCAGGCUUAGCGAUGAGUGGCGUGGCUUACCUGAGUUGGUAGUGAGUAGUGGCUGUGUAAGUAAGUCGGUGUAUAUCUUCUACUCAGCCUGGUUUGGGUCAUUGUGGUAAGGCUGUUGUUGCUGCUGCUGCUGCUUCAUGCUGAUGCCUUCUUAGGGUCACUCAAACUUGGUGAUUUUAUGUUGAAGAUACAAACAUACAAGCACACCAAAUUUGAUACAAUUGUGAAAAAAAAUAUAUUAAUGUCAUCUGUGCCUCGAUGCUGCUGCCUUUCCAUGCUGGGGGCUUCCUUGGCACACUGGCUUACCCCUGGCAAUGCCUAUCCAUGCUGGGGUCUUCCCUGGCACACUGGCUUCCCCCUGGCACUGCCUGUCCAUGCUGGGGUCUUCCCUGGCACACUGGCUUCCCCCUGGCACUGCCUAUCCAUGCUGGGGUCUUCUCUGGCACACUGGCUUUCCCCUGACACUGAAUCUCCAUGCUGGGGUCUUCUCUGGCACAAUGGCUUCCUCCUGGCACUGCCUCUCCAUGCUGGGGUCUUCUCUGGCACAGUGGCUUCCCCCUGGCAAUGCCUCUCCAUGCUGGGGUCUUUCCUGGCACUGCUUCUCCAUGCUGGGGUCUUCUCUGGCACAGUGGCCUCCCCCUGGCACUGCCUCUCCAUGCUGGGGUCUUCUCUGGCACACUUGCUUCCCUCUGACACUGAAUCUCCAUGUUGGGGUCUUCUCUGGCACACUUGCUUCCCCUUGACACUGAAUCUCCAUGCUGGGGUCUUCUCUGGCACAAUGGCUUCCUACUGGCACUGCCUCUCCAUGCUGAGGUCUUCUCUGGCACACUGGUUUCUCCCUGACAUUGCUUCUCUAUGGUACGGUCUUCCCUGGCACACUGGCUUCUCCCUGGCACUGCCUCUCCAUGCUGGGGUCUCUGGCACAUUGGCUUCCUUCAAGUGGUGUGUGGACACGCUUCUGCUAAUCCGCUAACUAAAGAAGCUAACCUUUUCGCUUCCCCCUGAUCAGUAUUUUCGCUGACUUUGGAUACUAUCAACAGAUCAAGCAGCUCCCACUAAAUGUGCUUGUGCUAAAUAAAUCAUGAGGGACCUUCCUUUCUGCUGUGUGGUCGCCUCCAGCCAUGCUGCUGACUGUAUGGUUGUGGCACGUGUCGUGGCAGGAUAUGAUUGGUCAGCCCCGCGUCAGGCUCAGCUCACCAACAUUGUGUAACAUUAUCAUUCUGCAGCUCUGAGUUCAGUUCAGUCAUGUCACUGUCAGUGACACACACAGUCAAUGUAAUAAUCCACUUGGUGACCAACUCACUAUUAUGGAAUGUGACAAAUGUGAAGAUGUUAGCCCCCUGAGACUGCCGGCCCUGUGAUUCAUGACGUGCCGCAGCGGCCGUGGCGAGGCGCAGGGAUUCAGGCUGUCACACUGCCUCAAGAAUCCCUGGUUUAAUUUUAUUUGUUCAUUGAUUUAUUUGUGUUAGUAUUGCGUACAGCUUCACCAUUAUCAUUACUUUUUGGAAAGCUCUCUGUCUAGGCUACAACAAUAAAUGUUUAGCUCUCCCAGGCCUGCCUUCCAGUGUUUUGAGCCGAAGUACCAAACCAAAGAUAGCAAUUAGCAGUUGACAUUUGCUUCCACUAAUUUCUUUAGCAGUCAAAGGUUCAGUGUUUGCGAAGCAAACUUUAUUGUAAGCAGAUUGAUGGUUAGCAGAGGUAACUUUUGCCAGCAGUGUCCACCUCUGCCUCCUCCCGUCACUGCCUCAGUGUAGGGCUCUGUGGCACACUCACCUCCUGUCUGUUUGUUGACGCCUCAUCCUGCCAUUCCCUCCUCACUGUUCCACUGGUGACAGGACAACACCAGGAAUACACCACACUAUAUACAUUUAACUCCUCAUUAACUGCAUGCACUUAUCCAAUACAUGAAAAGUGCUGUAUUCCCUUCAUAGCCAGACCGCCCUCUCAAUCCUCUUCCACAAUCACCCAUGACCCUGAAGACACCAAUAUAAUGGUCUUAUGAUUGGACACAUUUCUGGACGAGCAUGAUGGUUGGAAAUAAGCAGAUUUCAUACAGCUGCUGCCACGCGUAAGCCUGAUGGCUUCCUCCAGCUUCGUUUGUUCACUUAUAUUCUUAAAUCUCAAAAACUUCUGCAGCCGCGAUGAGAAAAUGAAUCCCUAUUCUCCCUCGUUACAACAGCUCCGAGUGUCAAUGAACAACCAUAAUGUUAUUUCCUAUUCUCUGUUUCUUAAUCCCUUUUCUCUCUUUUUUAAUCCCAUUCUCUCUUUCUUAAUCCCCUCCCUAUUAUCUUCAUUAAUGCAUUUUCUUUCUUAAUUCCCUUUUUAUUUCCUAAUCCAACUCUCUCUCUCUCUCUCUCUCUCUCUCUCUCUCUCUCUCUCUCUCUCUCUUUCUGUCUCUCUCUC